AUGUCCUGGUUUUUCCCGUCGAAGCUCGCUAAAUCGCAUUUCUAUGUCUGGUAUCUUGGCUCAAAAGAAGCCGAUGGCGUACGUGGAUCAGCGGUGGUGUUACCAAUUAUGCGUCAACUCCUGAAAGACACCUUCAAGAAGGCACCCAACAAAGCAACUGUACAGAUCUCAUCAAAGGGCUUGAAACUCAUACAAACUGUUCCUGCGAUGUCGCGUAAGGGAAAGGUGAAGAUGCAGACAGUCAAAUUCCAAAUUGCAGCAAGCUGUAUUACCUACAGGUAUGAUUAA